AUGGAUGAAUCAAGCAAAUUCGUCAUUUGUACGAUGUUUAAAGGCUCAAACUGCUUGAAAUGCAAAGCGUAAGCAAUCCGUUUUGACAAAAUUUUACAUAAUUUACAAGCAUCAUGCAAUUUCGAACAUGUAAUUAAAGACUUAGCUUAUUUUGAUCGCGGGGUAGUAAUAUCCGACGAGGGUGGUAAUCUCUAACCGAAUAUUUAUACCACGCACGCUAUUAACAGUAGAAUCCAGGACGCUUCUAUAUAUAGGGCAGUGCGACGAGCGCACGCGAACUGAUCGACGUGUGAUCAUGAUGGGAAAUAGUCUGAGGAAGCAGGUUUUUGGCGAAAAUGGAAGAAAAAGUAGACUUUGAAAAAGAGGAUUUUGAUUUAGUGUGAUACAAACUAAUUUAAUAGUUAUCUGCACUAUAUAUCACUCUGAGUACGGAAUUAGUUUGCAUUUAGCAAAAAUUCUGGUGUCAGAAAGAAUUUAUUAUCGAUAAUGCGCGUGCUUUUGAUUUCUUCGAAGUUAACCGGCAAAACAUCUUUUGUCAACCUACUUCGAACUUGGGCAUGUUGAUCGAAGCUCCUUAUUUAAAAAAAUCGGAGUUGAUUCUUAGAAGAUAUCAUGGCUGUAAUUUGACCCUUUUAAAGAGUCUUUUCGGGACGUUUAGCCAGUAAAAUAUUCUGAAAAAUAGCGAAGACGUUGUAUUUCGCCUAGCCUGUGAUGCUGUUGCCACUGUUUAAUGUGUGGCUUAAGUUUUAUGACUGCUGCAUGGAACAGAAUUAAUCUUAUUAUACAUAUAGGCCGUAUGCUGUGACCUAGAAAAGAGCCUAGAAAGCGAUUUUCAUUUCACCUGUCUUGGAACUGAAAUAUUUUUACGGGAACUAAACACUUUCGAACACGCUGAGUUUAAAUCCGAGAAGUUCCCGCUCUAUACACCUGCAGUUUUCUCACAAACUGCAAUUUUAUCUUCACUAAUUUCACGACAACUUUUUUCAUUGUUCAACGACACGGAUCAAGGACGACAAACGAUUAUGUCACUCAAAAAGACCAAUUUCUAUUAACCAGUCUUCCUUUUAACAAAAGACCGGUUUUGCUCGAAUCAUUUUGAGUUAUGUUAGAUUAUGCGCGUUAGACGUAAACAACAUAUCUUGUCUACAACUUUGGGAAGGUACAGAUAAAGCUUUCUGAAAGUCUUUUGGUUAUGUCUCUGGGCUGAGAAAUAAUUCCUUACAUGCGGUCAAAAUGUUUUAUACAACGAUGUAAAACGGUAAUGUUAUGUCAUGGGUCGCAUUUAAAUUUCCAACACAGUUUUUGAGACGUAAUUCAAGAAGUAACUUAUCAUUGCAUUUGAACUAUCAUAUCAGUUGGUGUUAUUCUGUGCGAUUAGCAAGUAUUAUUGGAAAGAGGGCUUUCAUAUACGUUGUAAUCACCAAAUAAACAGGUCAUGCACACAUUUCUCCAUUUCGUCGUGAGUUUACAGAGCAGAUUUUAUACUUUGGCACUGAUAUUUGUCUUUGAUGUGAACAUUUAUUCUUCUAGUUUAACUUAUAUUUAAGAGUCAUACUGUCUUAAGUCUUCUCCCAGCGGGUCUAGCUAUUUUGCGGGCUGCGGGUCAGGAAAUGUGGGCUGCGGGUUAAAACAAUUGAGGGCCGAGGGCUAAAUUGCUGGCCUAACUAAUUUUUUAAUGAAAUUAUCGACAAAAUUCAAUGAAAAUAGAAAUUCGCAGUUUAGGCAUGAAUAGGAAGGUUGGCACCACUUAUUCACCGAGGAUAAUUUUCUAUCCAAAAUAAAAUUGCAAGAUGAAGUACCGAACAGCCAUCCGUCAUGAUUGUGGGCUAUUGUGCACAAGAAAGUAGGAAAUAACCGUAUCAAAUUGUGGCCGUUCAUGCAAUAAACAGUACAGUCAUAUUUCACUGGUCAUUGGCCUACUUUGAAUCUGGGUUCCUGUAGUAUACUUCAUGUAAUACCUUCCAAAUAAAGAAAACAGUUAAAUCUUCGGAAUAUUUCCCGGAUAGGAACGUGAUUGUGACUGUAAUCGAGAUAUACUUUCCUGUAUGUGUUUAUUGUUUCUGUCUAUGUAUAUACUUACAGUAAGAAUGCCGACUCGCUGCUUGUUACCAAAUUUUUAUUUAUUUAUAUGAUUUACGUUACGAUUAAAAAUGGCAUUUUGGUUUCCUUGGUAUUUCAAACUUAUUUCACACAAAAAUAUAUUUGGCAGCUUUUUUCAUGACGUCACACAAGACUGAAAGAAUUCGGAGCCAUAUGCAAAAAUGUCCAACUCACUUUUUAUACGGACUUCAUGCGACAUGAUUUCAGGGCUUUGCGUGGGUCCAGUGUUUCGAGAAAAUUUGAUUAGGAUUGGUGUACAGUUAUCCCGGUAGAAACAGGCUUUAAUGUCUGGUACGACUCAUAAAUUGAGAUUCCAUGAUAUUACAAAAAGAACGAAUUUAAGGAAAUAUUCAUAUGCUUAUGAUUACGAAUAGCAUUAGAUAUGGACUGUACUUCAAAGACAGAAAAUUUUGAAUAAUAUUGUUAUUUUUUUUACAUUUUGACAAUAAUUUUUAAAAUUCGUCCCCGCGGCUCGCAAUCGUGUUAGCCCGCAACCCGCAUUUUUCUCCCCGCAGCUUGCAUUUUUCUGCCCGCAGCCCGCAUUUUUCUGCCCGCAGCCCGCAUAUUUCUGCCCGCAGCCCGCAACCCGCAAAAUAGUUAAAACUCUCUACCAACAAUCCAUCGACAAUAUUUCAUUUUAGCGUUGUCUUUGCCGUUCCGUUGGCUUCGCGUUACUUUUGUUUUAAAUACCUUGAUCGCGUUAAAAGAGUUAUUUCUCAGACCAGAGACAUAGCCAAACGACCUAGCAUUAACGUCCUUGUGAUUUUAUUGAGAUAGAGCCAGAACUGAGGAUUUCAGAAAGCUUUAUAUAUGUACCUUCCCAAAGUUGUAGACAAGAUACGUUGUUUUCGUCCAAGACGCAUAAUAAUUAUAACAUAACUCAAAAUCAUUCGAGCAAAACCCGUCUUUUGUUAAAAGGUAGACUGGUUAAUAGAACUUGCUCUUUUUGAGUGACAUAAUCGUUUGUCGUCAUCGAUCUAUGUCGUCACAGUUAGGUAUCGUUGAAUAAUGAAAAAAGUUGUCGUGAAAUUAGUGAAGAUAAAAUUGCAGUUUGUGAGAAAACUGCAGGUCUACGGAGCGGGAACUUUUCGGAUUUGAACUCAGCGUGUUCGAAAGGACGUGUUAGUUCCAAGACAGGUGAAAUGAAAGUGAACGAUGUCAAGACGCAGCAAACGGCCUAACUGUAGUGCUUAAUUAAACGAUGUUAGCAUGAUUUAUUUAAAGUUCAUAUAUACAGUAUACAAAAAUAUAUUUCAACCUCGUUGUGAUGAUGUCAACUGAGUUACUGAGUGCAUGAACUGACAACAUCUAAAUUAUAUGACGAUGAUUUAUUUAAUUUCUGGGUUGAGAUUUUUACGCCAAACAUUCCAAAACCUCUAAAACAUAAAAAAUUAUAUUUCUUUCAAUUCUCUAAAACGACAGUAAUUCUCAUUUCUGAUUUCUCAUAAUUCUUCACUCCAUGCAUAUAGCUGCUCAAACUAGUCACUCGGGUUUUGGCAGGCAUCUCACAGACUUUGUAAAUCAGGUGAAUCACGAGAUGCCUGCGCAAGAGGUGAUAGCAAUGUGCGUCUACUAAUUAGUAACGCACAAAUAACGUGUACGUAGUUGAUUUAGAACUGGCUAUAAUUUUGUCUAUAUUUACAGGCAGUAUUUUUAUAAUCGAACAGCGACAUUCCUUUAAAUUUUUGCAAGUCUAAAUUUCCUUUAAUUAACUCUUUCCGCGACAACAUCGUUUCCUAGCUUAUUGUUUGUUUGUCCGAAAAGUUGAGCUCCAGCACACGUUUAGCCCCUGUAGGUCAACCUCGAAAAAGGUGGAUUGAACAAUGCAAUGUAUCCAUAUAUAGCUAAGUAUCCAUAGAAACAGCAAUAUUUUAUUUGUAAAUAUGAAUAAGUUUCUUCUACAAGUAAAGAAAUGACGAAAAUUGAAAAACUUGUCGACUAAAUAAAAAUCUGUUUUUGUUGGAUUUUCGCAUGAAAACACGUUCGCCCCUGGUCAUGCUGCCUCUAACGUCGAUGAAUCAAAUGACUGGAGUUGCACCGCCGUAUAUAUAUACGCCCUGAUAGAAUGUUAAGCAAGCGAUAUUUCAAUCUAAAUAACUGUUACGUUAUAGAUGGCAAGUAAUGGCGACUGUAGUUCAAUAAUAAAUAAAUUAAUUGACUACCGUUUAUAAUUUAUUAAUUGAUUUCAAAGAAGAACUGCUUACACCAUCACUCGUCAACUAUAACGGCUCGAUUGACUUCCGGUUGGCGUCCGUGUUGGCAAAAACAUCGCCUGCUUAGGGACCGGUCCUUAUUUAUGGCGGGGAUGGCACCGAAGAGAAAAGGUUUGGGUAAACAAAAUGUCUGAUUAAAAGGUAAUUGUGUAAAUGAAAAACAAAACAACUCAAAGGUUGGGUAAUAUAAAUUUAUUGUCAUUUUCAAAGCAGGACUCAUUGAAAUAUUGGAGACUGAAAAGCAAUGUUAACAGUCAUAUGUCAAUACAAUAUGUGAAUCAAUCGGAGUCACUCUAUCUUGAUCAGUUUCCAAUUUGUUGGGAGACAAAUGGUGUCUCCAAAGAAAGUGAUAAAUGACCGUUAUGUGACAACUGAAUGGCAUACUUUUGUAAAGUUUUUGGCCAUGGGUGGGUAUUUAUUUUUUAAUUGAUAUUUGGGGUUGGAUAAUCAAAUUUUUUACUUUUAAAGGUUGGGUCAGCAAAAUUUUUGCUACGAAAAACAUUUCUCUUCGGUGCCAUCCCCCGCCCUCCCCCUCACCAUAAAUAAUAACCGGUCCCUUAAGCUCUCGUUACGUCAUUUGAUCAAUUUCUAAAGUUGUUUCUUUUUUAAGUUUUUUUAUUAAUUGUGUUACGGUAAUGGUUGGAGUUUGGUUUGAAGUUACCGCGUUGGGGUUAGAGUAGGGGUAGGAUUUGGGUUAGAUACAUAGCCAUUUAACAUCAGUUAUCUUCCAUCUUACGAAAAUGACGUCAUGUCAGUUUGGUAGAUGGGAACAUGUGCUGACCGAUAAUUCGAGUAUCGUUCAUAGGUAUGAUGAUGCUCCACAGUCAAAAACAAAAUGUUGGGUAUUUACAGUAAAUUGAGCUAAAUAAUUUGAAAUAUAUACAACCUCGAAGAGGAAAAUGCUAAUAUCUAAUGCUGAUAUAUCAUAGAAAUUGAAAUAGAUAAACCUAGCAGUGAACAAAUUAAGCGCAUGUGAGUUAAAUUGUCUCCUUGAAAUAAACAAUAUACAAAAGAAAAGGUUGUACAUAUAUCGCUGUAUAAAAUAUAGCUCAACUAUAUAUAACAGCACGUGCACAGUAUUCAUGCAGUAAUAUUUUUUUCUCGUAUUUUAAUUUUCUCUCAAAGCAGAAAUGGAGAAAACCUGAAAUGUAACACAAAGCUCGCGGUGGGGAGUGAUUCCAGCGUAGAUAAAGGGCCAAUACCAGAUGGUUUAUACGCUAUUGGCUCUGUUUUCAAGAACAAUGGCAAACCAUGGGCAAACAUGUACCCACAGAAACAAAGUGGUGGUGGUUGGUGGGAUUAUUACCGUAACAACCCGGACACUGGACGUGGCUACAUUGGAUUACACCCAGGUUCUAAUUCACAUGGCUGUGUGACAGUCACUGCAGAAUCUUGUUGGGAUAAGCUUGAAAAAAUGUUAAAAAGCAAGCGUGGUGAUACUAUUACAGUGUCUAAAACAUGGUGGAGAACAGCUGAUGUCAAGCGGGUUGGCCUUCUCCAAGCAAAGAACUGAAUUUUUUCAAUGACAUCCAUUGUAUAAGAAUGAAGUCAUUUCAUUAUUUAUGUUACGUACAUGUCAAAUGAUAAUUAUCAUGUUUCGCAGUAAAUGUAUACCUGAAGCUGCAGAUGUCAAAUUUUGAAAAAUUAAAAGUCAUCUUUUCUCUUUGACAUAAAAUAAUAUUUUUAAUUAAGCAAAGCUAUAAAUUGUGGUUAAUGGAGUAAUAUGUUCUAAAGACUCUAUUUGCUCGAGGGUGUUUUCAGUCUGCCAAAACAUCUGCGUCACAAAAAUUAAUCCGUACAAGGUCCAAGUACCUCGGUAGGACAAGGGAACCGUUUUCUAGUCUUGUUUUGUCUUGUUAAUAUUACAUGAAAUAAAUUCCUUGAUUCUCAUCACCACACUUUAAAAAUGUCGAAGAAGCGUGAGGUUCAUAUAUUACAUUUUAUAUUUAUAUAAUUUAUAUGUCAAUAAAUUAAAAAAUAAUUCCGAACAUUUAAUAUUUCUGUGAUUUCCGAAGUGAAGUGUCAUAAAUCGAAAUAAACAUAUUACAUUACAAAUUUCUGUAAUUUCUAUCGUAUAUCUCCACGACUGAAUGACUGAACCCUUGAACUGAAUGCGAAAUUUCUUUGAAAUGCAAUUAAAUUUCUUCCAAGAUUCUGUUUGUUUGAAAUUGGCAGUUUAAAAUGGCACUAAAAACCCACAACUAACAACGAUUUAAUUAAUAUAAAUACUGAAAAAAUUCGUUUAUUUAUAGAAUUAAAACCACUUUCGACUAUGCUAUUGGCAAUAUUCUCGAAGUAGAAGCAGCGUAUAAUACAUUUACAAGGGAAUCAGAGUUGAAAAGUUUACGAAUUGCAAUUGUGAACAAAUCAGUUUUUGGUAGCCUUUUACAGUCGACUCUAUCUGAUUGUAAGCGUUUGGUUUGAUGCAUAAACCCACGCCUCGGUAGGAAAGGAAGUGGACAAUACCUUGCUCGAGUGACAUAUACUUAACAAAUAGAUAAGAUUUUGCCGUUAUCUGUUCAGUUAUAGAUACACAGUAUGACGUCAUCAUGUUGGAAGAAAAAAGUGGCCACGAGGCGAGUGAGUCACUUUUUUGUUCCUCCCACAUUUUGACGUCAUACUGUGUAUCUAUAACUGAACAAACAACGGCAAAAUCUUAUUUAUUUGUUUUAUUUAAUAUAUAAUAAAAGAAGAACCCCGAAUUAAACACUGUCAGGUAAAUAGCUUACUUUUUAUCCACCCAAACAUUUGCAAGAUUGAAAAAGGCAAAAUUUUACAAAUAUCACGUGUACAUGAUCUAUACAAAUAAGGGAAUGCUAUUGGAUAAGGUUUUGUGUGACGUAAUUCCGUGCCACUGUCCUCUAAUAAAUCACGGCUCUCGACCAGUGAAAGCGCUUGAAUCCUUAACGUUAUUAUUGUAGUGUCUGUGACGUCACAGUCACGUGAGGAACACCAGGAGAGACAGAGUAGUGUUGGAGAGAGAGUAUUGUAGUAAACGAGCGAGAGAAUAAAUCCUUAAAGUUUGAUAAUAUAAACACUAUAAUUAUAUAAAGUCGACUUGCGACUAAGGAGCGAGUAUACUCGCACCUAUUCGUCAGUGUAGGUAACAUUUCAUAUAAUCUUGAACGGUCUGUGUAGGUGGUGUCAAUAAUAAGAAAGCAUCGGAUUGAUAAGGAUGCAACUUCCUGAAAAAUACAAGGAGAACGUCGACGUUUCGAGGGAAGGACCUUCGUUGGGAAGUCAGUAGCGACGACGGACCUUCUCUCGAAUUAACCUCAAAGUUUUCCUUGUUUUCCGAAGCUUUCUUAUUGCCCACGCAUAGGCUAAUUUUUGAAGUACUACACUGUACCGUAAUUUUAUUUUGUAGAAAUCAAUUCUCCGAAAAACGAACGGAGGAGGAGAACAAGCGCAAUAUUUUCACCCUAUAGUUCUUUUCAGUUGUUUGAUGAAGAAAGAUCAUAACCUAUAAAUAAUUAUGUAAAAACCCAGGUAACAUUUUGCAGUUGUGUCUUCAGUUAUAGAUACACAAUGUAGGGACACACAGCAUGACGUCAUAACGUGGUAAGAACAAAGACGUGGCCCACGAGCGGAGUAUAAAUAACAUCCGCUGUGUGUCUAUAACUCAGGCUCAACAGACAACGUGUAAUAGACCUUUUUAAAAAGUCUGCCUUGUGAGUAGUUUACGGAUAAAUACGAUCUUUUGGCCAAUCAGGCAAGCCAAAUAGCAGUGCGGGGUUUUCCUUUAUCCACAAACUACGUCACAAGGCACACUUUUUAAAAAAGUUUAUUGGGCCCACUGUAAUUGGAAUUUAAGCUGUUUUGGUGUCCAAGCUUUUUUAUUUUAUUGGCUGUUUUUGCCUGUUUAUUGUUUGAUGUUAUUUUUUGUUGUUUUUUUUUUUAAAUAAAUAAAUAAAUAAAUAAAUAAAUAAAUAAACGUCAAAUAACUAUAUAUUUUAUUUUACCAAACAUUUGAAAAUUUACCUACACUAAGUAUAGAAACAUCUUGUGGUUUGAAGUACGGUAGAUCAAAACUCUCAACCAAUGACAAGCCAGAUUGAAUUCAGGUUAGCUAUUAUGAUAAUUAUAAAUAAAGUUUCACAACCUCAUAUAUUGACCUUUAGUGCUGAUCCUUUAUGGAUCAAAUUAGGAAACCUUUUUAAUUUGAAAAAAUUGGACGAAGCGUAUGAAUUACUCCGUGAAAUAACAGGACUCACAUUUUUAUUGAUUACAGUAUAUAUUUAAUUCGACUUUUAGCCAAAGCGACCAUCCACUGGAAUUAAACGAGGACGUUGUAUAUGUUAAUCCGAUUUAUGUUUUUCAUUAAGCCCCAUACAGGCAAGCAUGGUUUCCUUGACAAGUUUUCCUUCUCGUAUGUGCACGAUCAAUAAGUUUUCCUUGACAAGUUUACCUUCUCGUAUGUGUACGAUCAAUAAGUUUUCCUUGACAAGUUUACAUUCUCGUAUGUGUACGAUCAAUAAGUUUUCCUUGACAAGUUUACCUUCUCUUAUGUGUACGAUCAAUAAGUUUUCCUUGACAAGUUUACAUUCUCGUAUGUGUACGAUCAAUAAGUUUUUCUUGACAAGUUUACCUUCUCGUAUGUGUACCAUCAAUAAGUUUUCCAUGACAAGUUUACCUUCUCGUAUGUGUACAAUCAAUAAGUUUUCCUUGACAAGUUUACCUUCUCGUAUGUGUACGAUCCAUAAGUUUUCCUUUACAAAUUUCCUUGACAAGUUUACCUUCUCGUAUGUGUACGAUCAAUAAGUUUUCCUUGACAAGUUUACCUUCUCGUAUGUGUACGAUUAAUAAGUUUUCCUUGACAAGUUUACCUUCUCGUAUGUGUACGAUCAAUAAGUUUUUCUUGACAAGUUUACCUUCUCGUAUGUGUACGAUCAAUAAGUUUUUCUUGACAAGUUUACCUUCUCGUAUGUGUACGAUCAAUAAGUUUUUCUUCACAAGUUUCCUUGACAAGUUUACCUUCUCGUAUGUGUACGAUCAAUAAGUUUUCCUUGACAAGUUUACCUUCUCGUAUGCGUAAGAUCAACAAGUUUUCCAUGACAAGUUUUAUCAUUCGUGUGCAUGUGAAUGUCGCCUUUUGUUUUGCCAAGACCAUGUAUAAAAGUAUUCUUGUACACUUGUCAAGUUAUUCUUGCAAUGAUUAAAAUUAAAAUGUGUCACAUUAGCAAAAUUCAGUGACAAUUACUGUAUAUUUUUAUGAAUUAUAUAUCAUAAUCAGGUCGUCCAACGAAGAAUGGCGAGAGUGGUCUGAAAUCACCAAUAUCACCAUCUCCUGUGUUUGUUCCUAUCAAUGGCUUCAAGCCACCAAAUAAUGAGGAUCCAUCACUCAAUCAAACAUCACCUUCAUCAGAAACUUCACCCAAGGUUUGUAUAUUUCUUAUGCAUGAAGAUAACGUUUGCAUAUAGUAUAUUAAUUUGGUAGACGAUAUCGUGAAUUUCUAUGGGGAACCAUUUACAUUGCUUCUUGUUAUAUACAAGCAAGCGAUAGUUACGUGUAAUAAUUUCUUUAUUCAUCUAUAAACAGUCACGGACACAAGGCGAGUAUGUAUGGAACCGCCUGCCCCAAAAUGUGCCCUAAAGACUCCAAGAGGAAGAACACUUUGUAAACAGAAUUAAUAGUGUUAGCACAGAAUAGAGACCUUAUCAGAAGACCGACUCAGCGAAAAGAGUGUAACCGCCGCCACGCCAUGAUUCGCAAUGAUUCGUCAUCAAAAUGUACUCGCAAUUUUCCUAGUCAGUGCGCUUGCGAGAGACAUCCCCCCCCCCCCUAAAUGUUUGCCAUUUCUUAAUAUUUUCAGGGAAGUGAAUGUCUCUUGUAAGCGCACUAUAGCUAGGAACAUCGCAAUACCAUAGCAAAGGUUACGUCAAAACCAUAGGCAGAAGCAAGAAGUCGGCUUUCUGUAAGGUCUUUGUUCUGUAGUAUUAUCUAUUAGGAAUAGAGUUAAUUCAGUGUCUGUGUCUGUAAUUUAAUACUUUGUAAUACAGUAACUUAAAUGUAUUCAUAAUCUUUGUCAUUAUAAUUUUACUGUUAGUGUGAAGAUGUUCGCAGUUAAGACGAAACGUCACAUUCAACAAACCUUUUAUAAAUAUUUUGUGUGUGUGUAUGGCCCUAUUUUAAGCAUUAUAUUGCGCUCUUAUUUUCAGCAUAAGAAUACAGUAUAGUUUAGAUUAAUAUGUAUUGUUGUAUUUGUAGGAAAGUAUAAAAAAUAAAGAACCAAUGGAAUGGCCUGGUACUCUUGCUGUUGCUCACUCUUACCUCAAACACAGAGCUGGUGAGUUAAUGAGGUAUUGCAUAAAAAAUAUUAAAAUUCCAUAUGUAUACUGUAUAUAUAUUCGAAAGGAAUACACCCUUUCGAUAAUUACGUCACACGUACUCUUUGGUCUUGGAGCCCGGCUGUCAUUAGUAAAUUACGCAAGGUGACUGGCUCACGAUUCAUGACAGCGAGGCUCCCAGGCCAAAUGACGUAAAUAUCGAAAUGGUGUGUUGGAAAAAAUGGGUUGAUACAACAGAUUCAUGUGACUUUAAAAACCUGCAUAUAGGCUGAAAGCCAAAUAGUAAAUAAUUUUGAAUUUGUUGAAAGAAAAAUUUUGAAGAACGAUAAUACAUGCAGUAUUCAUUGAACCAGGGCGUAAUAAAACACAUGUGUUUUACAAAUAGAUAUAAAUGUGUUUUACAGCGCCCUGAUUGAACCCGUUAAAACUUCAUUCAUCAUACUGUAAGCUUUUAGCUGUCUUGGUUGUAAACCAGCCCAACAUAUUGGUGCAACAUCAUCCUGCAUUCAUUUGUGGGAAGCAGCAUUGUUGGGUCUCUUUGAACAUGGAUAUAUUACAAUUGGUGAUGUUGGCUUUUGUUACUUUGGACCAGGUAAUUUCAGCAUAAUGCUCAGCAAUGCUAUACCAACAAGUUCAACGAUGAUGGAAUGAUUUGAACGGGUCUGUAAAGGCUUCGCAAUAAAUCAACAUUUAAGUAAAGUUGUUGUUAUUAUUUUAUAUUUUCUGCAGAGAAAGACAAAGAAAAAUAAAAACUAUUGAAUCGAAAUCAAGAACUAAAACUACAAGAACUAGAAUAUUGCAAAGAAAAGUGAAUGAAUUAAGCAGCGCAAUAGUGGUAAGUAUUUUUCGUCCACAGUACUGUACGUCGCAAAUAAGCUUUGGUUAACGAGCCAUGUGUGCGUGGCAGUUCUUGUGCAUGCAUCAUCUCUGCGAUCGGGCUUCGUUUUCCUGCAUUGCUGUCGUCAUCAGGGUCUCCUGAUUUAUUCAUAACUGCCUAAUAUAUUAUGCUGAUGACGAUCCAAUUGCCAAUUAACGUAUUUGUAGUGGCUCUUUUCAAUUUUCAACCUACUGGCCACUUUGCAGCAAAAUUCCAAUCAAUCAAUCAAUCAAUCAAUCAAUCAAUCAACCAAUCAAUCAAUCAAUCAAUCAAUCCACAACAUUAUUUAGCUGUCAAUCUUCUAUAGCAAAGCACGAAUGGUUCACAAAGUGGCGAGUAGUUGGUUGAAAAGAGCCACUACAAGUAGAGCCAACAAUUAGCUUCAGGAAAUUCUUGAAAUCAACGACAAAUGAAUUCAUUCUGUCACAGAUAUUCUUGCUUACAAAGCAUUAAGGUUCCACUAGCUCCAUGAUCAGUAUUUCGUCAAUAUACGCUUCCUGAAAGUACGUCACCUUUGCCAUGGAGCCUCAUUUUUGUGGUUGAGUCGUGGACUGAUGUCACAUACACGCAAACGAGGCACUAUAUGGACAAAUUGACAUACUUUCCGCCAUUCUAAGUAUAAAAUAUUUGCAGAAUAACGUUUCUCCAGAUAAAUUAUAAUAACAGGUAUUAAGAAACGAAAGCUAUGACAUCGCAUGUGGCAACUUCUACUAGCUAUGAAAAAAAAUGAUAAACGUUGGGCUUUUCAGCAGAAAGAUAAAUUACAUUAUUUCUUAGAAUGACACAAAUAUACCAAAAAUCAUGAUAAUUAUACAUUGGCUAAUUGGGGUUAGUGGUACUGUAUUAAUUUCCCAUUUAAUAUGCUUUUCCUAGACACAAAUCCAGAAGAAGACAGAGAUAGUGGAAUCCACAAAGCAAGCUCAAGAAAAACUACAAAGAUUGAAGAAAUUUAUCCAAGCUGUUCAUUCAUCAUAAAUAGAAAUAUAUUUUUGAAGAUAGAUUUUUAUUAUAUGGAGACAGAGACUCCGGGAGAUAAUGAAGUUAAAAUAACAAAUAGCUCUAGGAGCAAGUAUAUUGGAUAUGCGUACUGUAUCCUAUUCUAUCAUCUU